GCGCUCAGCGCUCCUAUAGAUGAGAGCGUGUUCUCCGGACAGUGUUUAUGGAUAACUGCAAAAAGGCAGCGGAGCCUCUGGUGACCAUCCUCCUUUUUAUUUUUUUUAUUUUUUGCAUAGAGUACUGAUGUUCCGUUGAAGGAUCUGAAGUUUGCUGCGCGUACGGGUUUUGACGUGCGCUCCAGUUUGGACAGGAGAAACACGAUCUGAUGGACUGCUUUUAAACCACACAGGAGGUUUUAACUUAUUGCAUUUUUCUCUUUGCACGUUUUUGUGUAAAUUUGGAGAUAUUUUUGUUGCAGAUUUUGGUGUUUAAAGUAUGAAGCGGACAUGGUUUUGCGCUUUGGAAGUUUAGCCAUUCUCUCCUGAACUCCCCAUCCUGUUUGUUUUUUUUUUUAGUUUGGUUUUUACCCCACUUUUGAAAUCGAAUCUGCAGGAGGAUCGAGGUACGAAGGAGCAAAUGGCCAACGAGCGCAAACCGCGGCUCUGCAUCAUGGCAAAGGGCGAGAACGGGUAUGGAUUUCACUUGCACGGCGAAAAGGGGAAAAGCGGCCAGUUCAUCCGCAAAGUGGAAACAGGCUCCCCUGCAGAAGCGUCGGGAAUGCGCGCCGGGGACAGGGUGGUCGCGGUGAACGGAGUCAACGUGGAGAGGGAGACGCACCACCAGGUGGUACAACGGAUCAAGGCAGUAGAAAGUGAGACCAGGUUGCUGGUUGUUGAUCAGGAGACAUACGAAAGCCUCCGCAGCCUGCAUCUCACAGCAACAGAGGAGAUGGCCAUUAUUGGGACAGAUGCUCUUCCUCCUGCUUCCUCCCCUCCAGCCUCCCCAUCAUCUGCACCCUCCUCCACACCUUCCUCCCCCACCAAGAAGCGCCAGAAUGGCUCAGUGUCCAAACAGGAUGGCAAGGUGCAGAAGCCCACCAGAAGGUCACCAUCGAAGGCUGUAAAAAAGGAGCCGUCGUCGGAGGUGGAAUCUCAGGAUCAGGAUCAGUCCCCUCCCCAGGUCGACCCAUCUGAACUUGCCCCACGUCUCUGCCACCUGACUCGGUCGCCAGGGGGCUAUGGCUUCAACCUUCACAGUGAUCGGUCACGGCCUGGUCAGUACAUCCGCUCCCUGGACCCGGGGUCACCUGCCGAACGUGCUGGACUGAGACCACAAGACAGGCUAGUCGAGGCGAAUGGUGUGAACAUCGAGGGCAUGAGGCACACAGAGGUGGUGGCCUUCAUAAAGAAGGGGGGUGACGAGACAUGGCUGCUGGUGGUGGAUCCAGAAACAGACGAACAUUUCAAAAGAAGAGGAGUGGUCCCCACGAUCAGCCACGUCAAAGAUUAUGAUGGUCCCUCCAUAUCAAACGGCUCCCCCAGCCCCCAUAUCAACGGAAGCUCCACCACACAGUCCAUCAGGUCAACGCGCUCGGACCUCAGCAGCCAGGGCAACAGUACGCAGCUGGCCGACGAUGACGGUAGCCAGCUUAUGGACCCUUUCGCUGAGAUCGGCCUGAGACUCAGUGCCACAGCGGCGGAGGAAAAGAUGAAGAUCCAUGCGAAGGAGAAGAAAAAAGCACCACAAAUGGACUGGAUGAAGAAAUAUGAGCUUUUCAGUAAUUUCUAAGACUAUUUUUUUGGCUUCAGAGACUUGAGAAACUAGAGGAUAGUCCUCCCUACGACCUUUCAUGAUUUGCCCAAACAAAGUUCUUGGAUUUUAAUGACUUUUAACGUUGUUAAAAAUCACAGUUCUCUUAACAAGGAACAGUUACAAACUCAGAUGACAAUAAUCCCAACAUAUGAGGAGACAUUCCUUCCCUUUCAAUCAGUUUUUUUUACUAUAUCAACUAUUUGAUUAACUCUCCUCCUCUGAGCGACUGAAAAAGCAGCUAUUUUCUUUUAUAUAUAUAUUUUAAAAAACCAUGAACAAGGAUAAAUAGGCAGCAUUCCAUGGUAUAAAUCCCACCAAAGACAUUAAUGGACACUGUGACAUGAAGGACGGUGGCUUUUGUGGGAGUUUUUAUUUUUCAGAUCAGUCUGAGAACGCCUGAAGCAGGCAGAAAAAUCACUGUGAAAAACUCUGCUCCUUCAUCCCAUGCAGACGAUGUUUGUAUUUUUACAUCAAUAUAUAUCAUCAUUAAUCAUCAUCAUCAUUAAUGUACGGAAGUUAGCAGAACAUGUAACACUUCAAAGACCUCCUUUAUUCACCUAUCACCAACAACUCCUUAUCAGAAGAGCUUGAGGACAUGAAUACGAUAAAGGGAGUGACCACUAGCUUUUAAAGUUCAGAAGCAAACAUUGUGACUCUGUUUAUUGACCGGAUGUGAUUUAAUGCUUAAUGUUUACAGCACUAAUCCAGAGGCCUUUUUGAAGCUAAUAAAAUAACCAUAUCCUAUCUGGAUGUUGAUCCAUUUCUAACAUUUUAGAGAAAAAGUUGGACUCAAAGGUUUUUGUAAGAACUUGUAGAAACAACAAUUAAUUGCAAGCCAAGUAGCACUCUGCAAAUAUUUCAGUAUUAAUUAUUACUUUUUUCUUUUAUAUUAGGUUUGUGAAGCUGGUAUGAUGCGAUGGCUACACCGAUUCCUUCAUUAGUACUUACCUGCAAUCAUUCUGAAUGUCUCAAAUUGUGUGAAAAAAUCUCAGAAUAAAUUCAUCAUUUAUUGCUUUAUCAAAGAAAAGUUGAGAAGAUCUAUGAAUUUCAAUGUAGAAUAAUUUAUUUUCUAUUAAUCAAUAUUUCACAUCAAAGAGGUUCAUUUCUACGCAGCAAAAAAGAAAAAAUAUCUUUACUUUAGUGUUUGAGAAAGCAGGAAAGAUCUUUGAGGUCACCUUUUAUCCACGAUGACCACUAAGAAAAGGCGGUUUAGGAUGCUGGCAAAAAUCUUAUUUACAAGGUAAACAGUUGGCAUUUGCUGAAAUGACCAUUACAGAAACUGUUCUUUGUUCAGGGAGGAGAAGAGAUGUCAGAAACGCAACACAACUCUGGAGGUUCUGGAUAUUUUUAGAAGAUGAAUGGUUAGAAAUCCCCCAUCCAAUGUAGUUUCCUGCUCCAUAAAGCAGAAUACCACUUGGUGGUGUCCAGAUGGCAAAAUGGUAAUAACAAUAUGGGCUGUAACAAGUUUACCACUAGCGGCCUACAAAUGAUAUUUGAUUUUUCUAAAUAUUUCAGUGAUUUUUUAAUUGUUGCUACUGCAAUAAAAGAGGAAUAUACUUA